AUGACCGGGGAAGAGGAGAGGAAAAGUAUUCGAGCACAUUCCCGGUCCAAGCGUCAGGGAUUAACAUUGACAUUGACCUUGCCAUCCGUCGCCGGUGGACAUGGAAGCGGAGGUGCCGGAGGUGGAAGUCUUCGGAUCCCCGCGCUUUUGCCUUCUGAGCUGCCUGAGCUGCCUGAGCUGAAUUGA